UUUUUUUUUUGCAAAAUUUGGUCCAAUAUUUAUUUUUAUUUUUACUAUGGAGAUUGCUUCUAUGAACAAUGAUGAAAAGCCAAGUAAUUUUUUCACUAAGGGAUUAUUAUGGUUCAAGUCUUUGCAUGAAAAAAUAUUUACUAAGAUUGUUGGAAUUGCUAAGCAAUUCAAGACAAUUGCUAAAGAUGAUCCAAGAAGAGUGAUUCACUCACUUAAAGUUGGUUUAUCACUCACUUUAGUUUCAUUAUUCUACUAUUUCCAACCCCUUUACAAUGGUUUUGGUGUUUCUACGAUGUGGGCGAUAAUGACUGUGGUAGUCGUCUUUGAAUUUUCUGUUGGUGCUACACUUGGAAAAGGAUUAAAUAGGGGAAUGGCAACCUUGAUAGCUGGUGCACUAGGGGUUGGUGCACAUUAUUUGGCUAGUGCAACUGGUAAAGUUGUGGAGCCAAUACUUCUUGGUCUAUUUGUCUUUCUACAAGCAUUUGCAUUAACUUUCAUAAGAUUCUUUCCACAAGUGAAGGCCAGAUAUGAUUAUGGAAUGUUAAUUUUAAUAUUAACAUUUUGUUUAGUGUCAAUAUCUGGUUUUAGAGUUGAUGAAAUAGUGGAUAUGGCACAUAAAAGAAUCUCAACAAUAUUCAUGGGUGCUUCUGUUUGUGUUAUUGUUUCUAUAGUUGUUUGCCCUGUGUGGGCUGGUGAAGAUCUACAUAAAUUAGUAGCACAAAAUAUGGAAAAACUUGGCAAGUUCUUAGAAGGAUUUGGAGAUGAGAUUUUUAAAUCAUCAGAGGAUAUUACAGAAUCAAAGGUUACUAAAACAUCCUUGAUAGAGUAUAAAAGUGUUCUCAAUUCAAAGAAUACUGAAGAAACUUUGGCUAAUUUUGCAAAAUGGGAGCCAGGGCAUGGACAAUUUAAGUAUAGACAUCCAUGGAAACAAUACUUGAAAAUUGGAGGUCUCAUUAGGCAAUGUGCAUGUAGGAUUGAUGCACUCAAUGCCUAUAUCAACUCUGAAAUUAAAGCACCAGAGGAGAUCAGGGAAAUGAUCAAAGAAACAUCAAUGAAAAUGAGCAUAGAAUGUGGGAAAGCACUAAAAGAACUAUCAAAAUCUAUGAGGAAAAUGAAUUUGCCAAUUUCAGCUGAUGAACAUGUCACAAAUGCAAAAAAUUCAGCCAAGAAAUUAAAUUCACUUUUAAAAUCAAGAAUUAAUAAUUGGGAGGAAAUUAAUUUACUACAAGUGAUUCCAUUGGCUACAAUUGCAUCAAUUUUAACAGAUAUUGUUAUUUGUGUUGAAGAAAUUGGACAAGGGGUUAAUGAACUUGCUUCAUUAGCUAAUUUUAAAACCACAAAAAGUAGUAAAGAAAUAAUUAAUACAAAUAAGGUGAUGGUGGUGGAGAAAAUAGAAUUAUCAAAUAAUAAUGUUGUUAUUACUAUUAAUGAGCAAAAUAUGAAAUUGUGA